AUGUAUUGCCUGGUACUCCUUAUCUUCCUCCUGUGGUACUGUUCUCAGCAUACAAUAGCUGUACCCCUUUAUUUUCUGCCACCACCACUGUUUGUCUUCUGCUCAAAUCCACAACACCGUGUCUACCAGAAACAUGACAAUGAUCUUAGUUUCUCAUGCUUCUGGGAUGGGAAAAUUGACCUGAAGUAUUCAAGGAGCCCAGGACUGGAUUCAGACAUCAAGAGGGAAGAGACAGGUGUGGAACCACCCCCUCACUGUCAAUGGUAUCAGGACUCCAUCUUGGUGAAAAAUACAAAUCUCUGGUCGGGUCAGCUGGUGGUGGAUUCAAGCCUGGAUGGAGGAGGCCCCCAUCCACCUUGGGCCUUUACUCGUAUCACAAUGCAGUGUGUGUCAUCCUUGUGCCAUGUGCCCAUAUGUGCUCACAAGAACCUGAGCAUUGAAAUUUCCAGGCAGGAUGUCCGUCUCUUCCUCUUCUCACCACUUCCUAUCCGUGAAUGGCAACCAGUGCAGUUGGGCUGGUGUGCACGCCUUAAGAGUUCCACCUGGAGCUACCACUUCAAGAGUCAAGGUGGUAGUCCUGCCGAUCUUCUCAUCCCCAGUAACCAGUACAGCGAACUUCCCACAUCCACUGUUUAUCCCCAUGCAGAAUUGCACCAAGUGUGUGCAUCAUAUUAUAGCUACCACAUGACUGUGCGCUACCCCCACCGUGGAUUCUACACUGCUUCACUCCACAUUGAGAAUGGUCCUCAACUCAGACGUAGUCUGGACUUGAACGUGCAGCCUGCUCUGCUCCAUGUUUUCAGUGCCUCUUCCACACUGCUCAGGCUCCCUCCUAAGACCCUCAACUUGUCUUGGACUCUUCGGCCUCUCAGCUCUGGAAUUAUGGCAUACACAUUGGUAGAUAUGCAGGGUCUGGAGGAAUGGCCUCUCUCACACCAUUAUAAUCCGUUUGCUCUGCAAAGUGAUUUCUGUGCUGAACCCAAAUCACGAAAUUCCAGGGAGAAGGUGGUGGCCAACAUCUACUUUCAUACCAAUGACAGAAUAUCUCAAAAGCUGACAGGAAAACUUGACUUCUCUCAUGAGUCUCUGAUUUUCAGAUCAAGCAAUGCAACCCCAAUCUACCUCACACUCAACCCCCAGAAAAUCAGAGUGGGCACUUACUUUUUCAGUCAUGCACGGGGACUGUACUAUUUCACCCAAGAAGGCAGCUUUACGAAUGCCACUGGUGAGAACUCCAGCGCUCACUAUAUCUUCUACCAGCAGCAAAGCCUCUCAUACCUGAUCAUCAUUGAAUUUGUGCAGCUACAAUGGUACAGGUUCGCCAUGCACUUAUAUUUAAACCGAAGGGAGACUUUAUUCAAAUCUUUAGGAGAAAAAGAUAUAGAAGUUCUUGUUUUUGAUGGGCAUUCUCCAGAUGAAGGUUUAGCCUAUAUUGUGUGGUUUAUUCCUAUACAGCAUCCACUGCUGCAGUGUGAGUGGGACUUCAGCUUGCAACUUUUUGAUUCCAGGAAACAGCACCUCCUUUGGAACAACACUUAUACAUACAAGGAUCAGGUAAAGCCUGCGGCCCGUUUUCUUCCACACUCUGCUUUAUCCUUCAAACCAGCGCUAUACACAGGCUUCGUAGCAGAAGUGAAUUGCAGAAAAAGUGGACUUGCACAUGCCGUUUUAAAAGCCAAAGUCAGUACUUUUGCUUCAAAAGUUAUGCAGCCAACAGUUGCCUGUCAGAAAAGUUUCUGUCAUGAACUGGAAGCCCAUAUCCAGAAACCUAACCCUUCUGAUCCUGUCAGACAUUAUAGAAGACAGUCAACAAUUACCUUGGAAGCAACUGCAAAGGCAGAAUGUAGGCCAAGCAUAGUGGUAGAUGUACUUUGGAAAAUCUAUCACCUUAAAACUGCAGGAUCUAUUCCAGACUGGGCAAAUCCUCUUAAGCUACCUGAUGAGAUAAACACAUGCAAAAUCGUAUUUCAUAUACCGGGAAAUGUCUUAUUUUAUGGCUUUCACCAUGUUAAUUUCACCAUGACAGUAUACAUACCUACACAUAGAAUGACAAUCAGGAACACGGAUUCAGUAGUCCUCCAAAUUCUAGAAAGUGACUUAGUGGCCAUCAUAGCUGGAGGUAUGUUCCGGACAGUUGGUACAACUGACCCUUGGGCUUUGGAUGCAUCUGCCUCCUCUGAUCCUGAUUCAACCAACCCCCUUGAAGGAGUCCUAUUUAAUUGGUACUGCACAAAACGGGAAUUGGACUAUUCAAUAAUGAAGCUGAGUCCAGGUGAAAAAUGCCAUCCACAUCAAGUUGAUAUACUCUGGACAAAUUCCACAAAUCCAGUUCAAGUAGUGGAACCAAAUGCAUUUCAGGAAAACAUGACAUAUUACUUUAUUCUGAUAAUAUUGAAGCAGCACAGAUCAGCACAUGCAUUCCAAACAGUUCAUGUUCUUCCUGGCUCUGUACCAGUGCUGAAUGUUACCUGUAUUGAAAAUUGUGGGAAAGUCAUCAAAGUAACAGAAAGAUUUGUUCUAUCAGGAAGAUGUCUAAACUGUGAGGAAAUACAAACAGCUUACCUUUGGACACUUUUUUCAUCGAACUCCAAGGAAAUACAUUUUGAUUGGGCUUCCAAAACAACAACUGGGAGGUCAAGUCCAUACAUGUAUAUAAAUUCCUUUGCAUUCAGAGACAUGACAGAUAAAUUCUAUAUUCUUAGCUUAAAAGUAAGCACCCAAAGCAGGCCACCAGCUGUUUAUAGAUAUUCAUUUUAUGUUAACUCUGCACCUCAGAUUGGAAAAUGCAUUAUUUAUCCAAGGGAAGGGACAGCAUUCCAUACAAAAUUUGUUGUCCAGUGUAGUGGAUUUAAAGACAAAAAUGGACCUCUUACCUAUAAAGUUAUAGCACAUUCUGAUCUGACAAAAAUGACUAAAAUUGCUUCUCUACGGAAUAACACAUUUGGAACAAUAGUGUAUGUUGGUCAUCAGCAGGAAACUCCUCCAUCAUUUCUCCCCACUGGUACAGCAUCAAAAAAGUAUGUGUUGGUAAUAUAUGUUCAAGUGUAUGAUACUUAUGGAGCAUUCUCUCAAGUGACUUUGCAGGCAACUGUGCAUGAUCCAAGAAGAAUUAAGGCAACUGACAUUGUUCUCAAUGAACUGUAUGGUUUAAUCAAUGAAUUAAAUGGUCCUAUGCCUAUUUUCGUUGGAACUAAAGAUUACCUUAAUAUAGGUUUCCUUACAUAUAUGAUGGCUUCUGUAUUAAAUAAUAUUAAGGAUUCACCAACCUUUCAUCAUUCAAAAAUUGAUUUGCGGAAAGCCCUCCUUAAUGUGUCUGCAGGGAUUCCUAUCACUGACGUAGAGAUGAUAAAUCAAAUGGUCACAAGUAUUUGUCAAAUAACACAGGAUGUUAAUGAAAUAAAUGGGGAAUCACAACUGCUUGCAGUUAGAAAACUAAGAGAAGCCAGUGAAGCUCUAAAAAUGCACACGGGCAAAGACUUAGGUUCUAAGAAAACAGAGAUCCUUGGCAAUGGCAUUUUUACUGGUUUGUCCAACGUACUGAGAGCUUCUCUCUUGGGCCAUGGGGAUGCCAACGCAAAUGCAAUUAAAGAGAUAAUUUCUGUGACAGAAAUAUUAGCAGACCUAAUCUUACAAGGCAAAGUCCCUGGGGAACAUGACAUUAAAAUGGAAGCCCAAGGCUGGUCCAUUCACUUAUGGAAGAAUGAAAAGUGGAAAGUUUCUAGAACUUUUUUUAAGCGAAGAAAUUGCAAGAAUUGCUUUUAUCCUAGACUGAAGCAGGAUAAUCACACUGAGUUACCAGCAGAUGCUGUGGUUUCCACUGUCCAUUAUGUUUUUCAUGAGAAUCCAUUUACUUGGGUGCCAAAUUCAGCAGAUAUUAGCACAGUAGUGAUUGGAUUCAAAUUGUUAGGGACCAAAGCUAAUGGAGACAUCAUGAGAAUCACCCCUGAGGUAACUGAAGUUAGGAUGGCUAGAAAAGAUAAGGGCUCAACUACAUUUAAUCUGACAAUAGGACCAAAUAAAAAACUCUCCAAAACUACUGGCGGCUUUAGUAUCGAAAUAAAGAGAAACUCUGAAGACAUAUUUAUACAGAUUCUAUGUAAUAUGGAAGUUACAUUCAAUGUAUCUAUCUACCUGGGACUGAAUGUCAGCUAUCCUCCAAUAGCAUCUUAUAUUGCUUUCUCUGACAAGCCUCCGAUACCACAUGAAAUAGAUUUUAACAUCCCUGACUGUGCAAUUAAGGCUCCAUAUAUACUUUGCCUGCCUCAGACAUUGCUUCGGUCUCCUUUCCAAGGCAAUAGAGCAAAGAAGUGGAAUAUUUCAGUGGUCUUACAAUCACACCCAAUUGUGAGAGGCCAAACCACCAAAAUUGUUCACAUUGCUGUUUUUACUGCCAGCUGUCUAGAUCUGGAUGGAAUUCAGAACCAGUGGAAAGAAGGAACAUGCGCCCUGGGCCCUCAGACGAGCUGGUCCAAGGUACACUGCAUCUGUAAAGGAAAUGCGCAUAGCAGAAUGGCAACCAGUCGCCAAUUUCCAGAUACUUCUAUACCUGACAUUACAUUUUUGGGUAGCAAACUACGUUUAUACCCUAAUCCCUUGGAUUUAAACAAGGUCCUCUUAGCAGAAUUUGACACAAAUCCAGUGACAUUGGUGACUGUAUUUUCCAUUUUUGCGGUCUACAUCUUCUGUACUUCCUGGGCGAUGCUCAAAGAUAAAGCCGACUUGAAAAGAAGAAACAAAAUACUGGUGUUACCAGACAAUGAUCCCUACCACAAAGUGCCUUAUCUGGUCACCAUAUACACAGGAAGUAGGUUGGGAUCAGGAACCACAGCAGAUGUUUUUAUUGAAUUGACGGGUAAGAAUGGCGCUAGUGGGGUUCAUCACAUAAAGCAUCCAAAAUUCCGAACUCUUUUCCGUGCGUCUGCAGACACCUUUCUCCUGACUACUAAGCAUGAUUUAGGGGAUAUUUUUUCCCUUCACGUAUGGCACAAUAAUGGUGGUUCUUCUCCUAGCUGGUAUUUAAGCCGAGUCAAAGUACAAAAUGUGCACACUAACGAAUCCUGGCUGUUUCUAUGUAGAAACUGGUUAGGUCUUAACAAAGCUGAUGGCAAAAUAGAAAGGACAUUUGAUACUAGAAACAUAAAAACACAUUUAAAUAAAAUGGAUUACUUCUUGAUAAAACUUGCCAAAGACUUGGAAGACAAUCAUAUAUGGCUCUCUGUAUUUGCUUCAGUUGUCACUGGUUCUUUCAAUAGGGUGCAGAGAGUAUCUUGUUGCUUAGUAAUAAUGCUCCAUAAUCUGCUAUUUAACAUCAUGUUCUUCAGUGGUGAAGAAGAUAAGGAAGUUCUUUCAGUGCAACUACGGUAUCUGAAAUCCAUGUAUAUUGGAUUAGUGAGCGCUUUGUUUUCCAUCCCUUUACAUUUGACUAUAACAAUCUUAUUUAGAUAUUCCCAGGAGGAGCCUUCAGUACAUAACACAGAUGAGAAUGGGACAAAAGGCACCCUUGUGGAAGACGCCCUUGUGGAAGUGGCCAGUUCAUCAUCCACUAUUUCAUCAAAUUCUGAAACUUGCAUUGUGGAACAACAGCACAUGCCAUUACCAAAAGUCAAUGCCAAUGGCGAUACUGUGGCAGACAAGGACACAGGUACUGACAAAAAAAAGAAGCCUCUGAACUACAUCUUGGCAUUUUUAAAAAGACCACGAUUUGCAUGGUGGUGGAGAUACGUUGCUUGGACUCUGGUUUUUUCCUUGUCUGCAGUUUCUUCAUGUUUCAUUAUACUGUAUGGCUUGACCUAUGGCUAUACAACAUCAUCAGAAUGGUUUAUAGCAUCCAUGACAUCGCUUUUUCAAAGUAUAUUUUUGCUGCAAACCCUAAAGAUGGUUCUCAUCUCAGCUAUGAGCACGAUUAGUCAGAAAUACUAUAAAAACAUCACCUGGAUAAGCACAGAACAAUACCAGGAGAUGCAGCUGGUUAAAGUAAGUAGCGAUGCUAAAGAUUUGAGAGAGAUUCACCAUGAACUUGCCAGGCACAGAUGCACCAAGGAUUAUGAACCUUUAAAAGAAGAUGAACUCAUACGCUUGAGGAAAAAAGCAAGGGCUCAACAAUUAGCUUUUGUUUUUGUAAGGGAUAUCAUCUGUCAUCUUAUCUUCUCAACCUGCAUUUUCAUUACCGCUUGCUCCACAGCACCCACCACUACUUUUUAUUACAAUAAAGCUAUAUAUAAUAAAUUCUCCCUUGGUCUCUCCAAAAUAAAUAAGCUGGAGCAUAUUUACAUGUGGAUGAGCAAUGUCUUUGUGCCGUUGAUGCAUAAUGACUACCAACCUACCUAUCUUUCAGGGUCUUGGUCUAAAAUCCUUGGUUUGCCCAGAAUGAGGCAAAUAAGAGCACAGAAUACUGAAAAAAUAUGUUUUCAUCCAGACAGCAUUAUAAAUAAUUAUGUAAUUGGUAAAAGCCACUGCCGUCAUAGAUAUGGUACUGAUCCAGAAGAUCAAAGUGACUAUGAUGGGUCAUGGACAAUCGCAGCCAAAAAAUCGGAUUCCCACGACUUAAGCAGUUUUCAAGGAUUUACAUACCAGUCAGAAAUUGGUCAGUGGCAAUAUAAAUCUUAUGGUAUUUUAAAUACAUAUGGACCUGGAGGAUACUCCUUUUAUUUUUUUCCUGGAGAACAACAACCCAAUACAACAUUGAGGCUGUAUGAUUUGCAAAAGAACAACUGGCUUGAUGAGUGGACCUGGGCAGUGAUUUUUGAGCUAACCAUGUUUAAUCCAGAUGCAAAUUUAUUUUGCAGCAUGACUGUCAUGUUUGAGACGACCAACGUUGGCGUCGUUAAUGCAAGCCUGUCAGUUCAUUCUUAUAAACUCUCUGUUUUAUGGUAUGAAGACCGCAUUCAGAUGGUUCUGUAUGGAAUUGUAGUGUUUAUUCUUAUCUUCUACCUUGUUGAUGAAUUUUGUAUGUUACGUCAAGAAAGGAUAGGCUAUCUCAAAACAGCUGUUAACCUGAAUAAUUUUGUAAUGAAGAUAACCUGUAUCAUUUUUUUAUUGCUAAUUGCACUGAAAUUCAAGCUGGCUUUUACCUUGCUAAAGUUUUAUCUGCUUAAUCCAGAAAAAUUUGUUCCUUUCCAUGUAGUUUCUCAAGUCGAUCAGCUCUUUAGAAUGGUUACAGGUGUUUUGGCUUUCUUUCUGGUUUUGAAACUAUAUCGCUAUUUCAGAUUCAUGUACACUGUGCGAUUGGCAGACAGGACUCUGUCAGCAUCUUUUCCUGUGUUUGUUUGUUUGACUAUGAUUGCAGUUCUGUUCUUUUCUAUGUACAUGUCAUUUGGGUACCUAAUAUUUGGUGAAUAUGAGUUGAGUUAUAAUACUUUGAUUCAUUCUCUCCAAAGUGUACUUUCAUGCUGUUUUUUUGGACUUAAAGGCACAGAUAUUAUAACCUCCAAUAGCUGGCUGGGAAUAUUUUUCCUAGCUUCAUUGAUGUGUUCAUUGAUAUUUGUUUUCAUCAAUUUAUGGAGAGCCCUAAUAAUCUCUAUUUAUAUGUCGACGAAGCAACCUGUCUAUGAACUACCUUCUGAUGAAGCAGAAGCAAUAAAUUGUUUGGUACUGACGAUCCAAAGUAUGUGGCUUUCCGUUACCCUACAGUCACCAUCAGCAAGUGACAGUCACUGUACCAACACUGUAAUAUAUGGAACACCUGUGACUAGGGAUGAUCAACAACAAAGGUUGAAACGGGCAAGUAAAUGGUAA